AUGUCCUGUUCCUCGUCAAGGCAUCUCAACCCGUACACGGCUGUCCAAGGCACUGUACUGAUAGUAGCCCCACGGGCGGCUGACAUGUCGUCCAGUUUGAAGCGAAUGAUCAAUAAUUACCUCGCAGUGUUCACUCUGCCUGGGCAGGCCGACUUGACGAUGCCUGAACAUCUCACUGCAUUUCCGAGGCUAGCGUUCGAUCAGAUCGCCCUGUUCAGCGAGGAAGCCAAAAUGAAGGUUGACUAUUAUUUCCUCAGCAAAGUCGCCGCUCUGUUGAAGCCCGCUGGAGUUGUUAACAUCUUCAUACUACAUCCAGAUGAUAAACUAGAUCUAAGCAUGGAGACGGUCUUUGCUGGUUUCACUGGUGGCCAUGAGCUAAAUAAGGCAUGUGGUUUUGUCCACUAUGCUUGUCGGAAGCCAGGAACGCCCAGUGUUACUUUUACAUUUGAUAUGGCCCAAUCAGCACUCUGUGGUAAAUCCUUAUUGGACAACGACGAUGAUGAUGAGGAUGACUUCCUUGAACCCGUACCGGAAACCGUUGGUGGCGGGAAAGAUUCCUGCGAUAACAAGCCACGAGCAUGCAAAAAUUGCAGCUGUGGACGUGCCGAAUUAGAGGUAAAGGUUGGUGCGGAAGAGGCCAAGAAGAGGAUUGAAGAAGCCAAGAAGGGCGAGGUCAAGAGUAACUGUGGAAACUGUUAUCUUGGCGACGCAUUCAGAUGUGGUACCUGUCCGUAUCGUGGGUUACCUGCCUUCAAGCCCGGUGAGAAGAUUCAGAUGGAUCAGCUGAUAUCUGAUAUUGACGCUAAAGUUGAAUAG